AUGUUUCGUCUCCACAAGAUCGCCUCCUGCUCCUCUUUUAACACUCUUCCUCAUUACAUUUCUUCUUCUUCUUCUCCACAGGCACGGUAG